AUGGAGCGACGGGUGGCAUUGGAGUUGUGGGGGCCGCAGGGGCAGGCACCACCACUUUCGGAGACUCCGCCUCUUUUUCCUCCUCGGGAACACUUCCCAAGUCUGGAACGACUGUUGGUGCAGCUACCGACACCGGGGGAGGCACCAAUUUUUGCUUGGGAGGGUCGUUACAUAGUGAAUGCCAAAAAGACCAUUGAACUGGGUGUCUUCACUGGAUACUCCCUUCUUCUCACUGCCCUUUCAAUUCCAGAGGACGGCAAGAUUACUGCCAUUGAUACGUGCCGGGAGUCGUACGAAAUAGGGUUGCCGAUUAUCAAAAAAGCCGGAGUUGAGCACAAAAUCGACUUCGUCGAGUCCGAGGCUCUACCGGUCCUCGAUAGACUCUUGGAAGAUAAUGAGAAUGAAGGGAGUUUCGACUUCGCUUUUGUUGAUGCUGACAAGGUGAAUUACUCGAACUAUCACAAGAGGUUGAUCAAGCUGGUGAAGGUUGGCGGGGUAAUUGCCUACGACAACACGCUGUGGUACGGAACCGUGGCAAUGCCCGAGGAAAUGGUUCCAAAGCAUAUGAAACCUAAUAGUGGGGGCGCGAUCGAGAUCAACAAAAUGCUCGCAGUUGAUCCUCACGUUAUGAUUUCUCAUGUUGCAAUAGGCGACGGAAUCACUAUCUGUAUGCGCGUCCAGUGACUUCUCAUGUGAUGCUGCUAUCUACUCCUCUCUCUUUUUCUUCAAGUGUUUUUCUUUAUUUUCUUUCUUUAUUUUUUUUGUUUAGAUAUUUCG